CAUCCAUCCAUCCAUCCCUCCCUCCAUCCAUGGGAUGUGGACGGAUGAACAAACUAAACCCAACUGGGAAACGAACGGACUGCCCGCCGCCGCCGCCGAACGUCGAACCGCCGCCCGUCUUUCCGCCCGGUCCAUUCCUCAAUCCUCGAAGCCACCAACCUAUUCUACUCUCCACGACGACUGCACUACGCUUCUCGCGACGAAAGCCCCGAAUCGACCCCGACGACGACAGCCUCCUUGCGGCCCCCUUCCCCGCGCGCCGCUGCCGGCCGCCGUCGCUGCCGCCGCACGGACAAUAGCCAAUUCGCCGAGACGCAAAGACGCGCGCGCACAACUGCGAGCCGCGUCCUUGAUUCCUUGCCUGAAACCCGUCUCCCUCCUCCCUCUCUCUCGCUCUAGAUCGGAGGAGCAGACCAAGAAUCACGCGCAGACGCACGCACGCACGCACUCUCGCCCGUACCGAGACGACGACGACGACGUCGACCACGCGCGCGCCGCGCGAUGGAAGCAUGAUCGACCGCCGGCCGCGUUCUCUCGAUCCCUUCCGCCGCCAUCACCACUAGCAGCACCAACAGCACCACCGCGCGUCCCCCUCUCCUCCCUCCGCAAUUCUCGUCGGAGCGUCGUCUGAUGCUGAGACGGUGGUGACAUGGACUACCGAGGCUCGCUGCCCUCGGGGCAGGCCGCCGCCUUCUCGGGCCAGCCGCCGCAGGACGCCCACCUGUACGCGCCCCAGACUGCCUAUCUUCACCAGCAGCAGCAGCAGAAUGUCCAUCUGUCACAACAGCAGAGCCCCCAGCAGAGCCAUCAUCAUGUGCAGCCGCCGCCGUCGCCGCAGCAGCAGCAGCACCACCACCACCACCACCACCAGGGCCUCUACGCGAGUAAUGGCGCCGCGGCGAUGCCUGGGCAGUUUUAUGGUGCUGGGCAGCCGAUGCAGCCGCAGCAGCAGCAUCAUCAUCACCACCAGCAGCCGUUCCUCAACCACCACGCCAACCAACAGUACCCCAUGUCGCCGCAACAGUCGCAACAGCACCAACAACACCAACACCAGCAACAACAACUACAGCAGCAGCAGCAGCAGCAGCAGCAGCAGCUCGAUCAGCAGCGCCAGCAGCAGAUGGCGGCGCGGUACGGUAUGGGCUUGAAUGGCUUCCAGGUCUACGACGCGGGCGGCGCGACCUUUGCGCCCAUGGACAUGCAGCAACAGUACCCCAAGCAGCAGAUGAUUGCGCCCCAACAGCAGAUGCAGCACCAGAGGAUGCAAAUGAGCCAGCAAAUGAGCCAAGUCGCCCAUCAUCGACAUCAAUCGUCGAGUCCCUUUAUGCCCUCCCCCAUGAUGGGCAUGUCGCAGCAGCAUUUGCAGUCGCCCGUGGCAAGACCCCUGUCCGGGCCGCAAUUGCAGCAGCAGCAGCAGCAGCAGCAACAGCAGCAGCUUCACGCCCAGCAGCAAAUGUUUGGCAGCCCUGUAGCCUCGCCCCAGAUUCACCACCAGGCUUCGCCCCAGCCUCGUCCCUCCUCGACACGUCCUCUGCACCAGCAGCCGCCGCGACAACGACAACCCUCCACUCCACGUGCCCAAUAUCAAUCACCGACGCCUCAACCACAAAUCUUACAGCAAACACCGCCUCCGCCACAACCACCACAACACCAACAGCCACCCACACCGCAGCCGAUCCCGCAGGAGCAACCUCCUGUACCCGAGCCUCAACCGCCGAUACCAGAAGUCGAGCAAAUAAUACCUGAAGAACCGUUGCCGCCGCCGCCACCACCACCACCUCCGCCGGAGCAGGAGGAGAUUCAAUUCGUAAACCCUUUAGACAUACUCCAAGCGCCACUGUUUACGCCUCCGCCCCGGAUACCCAUGGGCAGCUCGCAAAGCUCAACCUCACAGACGCCGGCGCCGGCGCUGGCGCCGGCACCGACGGUGCCUGAGCAAGCGAAGCCGAUCGACUCAGCUGAGGACACUAUCCACGUCAAACCGCCCAUACCAACCACAAUCAAGCCUUCGGCCCCGCAGAUAACAACGACUGCGAAGCCUCGUCCUCGGAAGGAGACCAGGGUUGAGCCCCCGAGGAUCAAGUCGAGCCCGCAUUCUUCCGUCUCCAACUCGCCUGCUCUCUCCGCCAGGUCACCCAGCAUCACGAAAAAGUCGCCCGCGAUCCCGCCGAAACCGCGGCCCGUAAACACCGGCCCCAUCAUGGUGGCCAUCGCCGAAGAGUGCCUUGAAAAGGCAGGUUCCUCCGUGCACGAUGUUGCCAUGUCUCUCCAUCCCCAGCGGGUCGACGAGUAUCAAAAGCUCAUUGCCACGAGCCUUUCAUGUCUGGAGGCCACACUGCAGAAUAGCCGGUUAUCGCCAAGAGAAGAGGCGCGCUUGCGCUUGCGGUAUGCCGCAACCAUGCAAGAGGAGACUGACAACAUCAUGGAGGCAGAGACGGCGCUGGGAAAGGGCAUCACGAUCUGUGACAAGCACCGCCUAAUCGACCUCAAAUACUGCAUGCAGUACCUGAUGCUCAAGGUACUCUUCCAGCGCAACAGCAAGGCUGCGCUCAAGGCCGUUGAUGGCGACAUUUCGGACUGUGAAGCAUUCAAGCAUGUCCAGUGGUACUACGCCUUCCGCUUGCUCAAGGCCACCUUCUACCUGGAAAUGGGCAGCGCCUCCGAUGCCGGUGCUUUGGACAAUAUUCGCUCGCUGCGCAACAUUGCCAACACGCGCGGCGAUAACGCCCUGAGCGUCCUCGCAUCGGUGCUCGAGGGCCUCACCCUCCUCAAGACGUCCAAGGACGGCAGCAUCGAGCGGGUGCAGGCGUGCAUCGCGCAGGCCGCCAAGUUCCAGUUCGACCCGACGGUCAAGAUCAUGCAGCUCGACAUGCUCACGCUGCUCCUCGACUUUGCGUCCAGCCUGCACCGACAGAGCCCCGACGCGACGGCCCAGAAGUUGCGCCGUCUGCAGACGCGCCUCGACGAGUGCGACGACUGGCACAAUGUCAAGGCCGAGUUUCUCGUGCCCAUCAAGAAGCAGCCCGCCAACGCGCGGACGGUGAGCGAGGACACGGCCGCCAUCGUGAGGGCUGGCGACGGCGACUCUGGGUUUGACUAUCUUGUCAUGUCCUUUAUGACCAAGAUGGAGCUGCGGUCGCUCGUCUUUACGUUCAGCGGUCUCGCCGACCUACACAAGCCCUCAUCGCAGGGCCGUCGGUCCACUGAAUUUUGGCGGGAGGGCCUCAAGAUCCUCGACACCUGGGACACCUCGACAGCCGGCAUCCCGUACGGAGCACCUGUCCCACUAUCAAUCGCCGUGCGGCAGCGGGCGUGGCGCGUCGAGGCACAGGCGUACAUCAACGUUCUCCUGGGACUCAUGGCGGCGAGCCACUGCCAGUGGGACAAGGUCAAGCAGAUUCUGGCAAAGCUGGGCACGCUCAUCACGCCUACGACGCAGCCGACAGUAAAAUUACUUUCUCUUUAUCUAUCUGGAGUCUACCGCCAAGGGACGGGCGAUCUUAGGGGUGCUCUCGAGGUCUUUGUCGACGGACGCUUCACGGUACCAAAGGGAUCGUCAGCCACCAAGGCUGGACACCAGGAAAUCGCGCUGCUCGCCGGUCUGAACCGGCUGUGGAUCAUGCAGCACCCAUCGUGCCGAAACGACCACGAGACACAGGACCUCAUCGAGCAGCUGCAGCCAUUCUGCAGCGACCACUGGAACAUCGACCUCCGAACUGCGUGGCACAAUGUCGUGGCUGCGCUUGAGACGGACCCUCCUCAACAGCUCAACCAGCAAAAGCAGCACAUCCACGCCGCCAUGGCGGGGUCCAAGAUAACAAACAACAUCCUCGGGGCGGCCGUCACGCUGUGCAUCAUGCGCAGCCGCUUCUUCGAGAACGUGAUUGGCGAGCAGGCGCUCAAGAGCGCGCGGGCGGCGUCCAAGCAGGCGCAACGUAGCGGCAACAUUCUGUGGCAGAGCGUGGCGGACGGCAUGCUGGCACAGUCUUACGAGGUCCAGGGCCAGCGGGACGAAUCGCGACACGAGUGGGAAAAGGCGACGCAGGAGGCCAAGGAUGCAUUCGCGGGGAGUUGAGUCGGUAUGUGUGCGAGACUAUGCGCCUGAGUCUCUUGAUCUAUCUUUGCUUUCUCGCCCGGUGAUGGUUAUUGUUGCUAGGCGUUCUUUGGCUCAACGUGUCGAUGGCAUCGAGGGUGUGUGGCAAAAACGGGCUUGGCUGUCAUUGUUCUUUAGGCCGGGCAGGUGCGUCUCUCUCGUUGUAAGAUACCUGGCCGCAUCUGGCCCACAACCACAAUGAGUCUUUGUGAUGCGUGAAUAAAUGCUUUCACGAUCAAGUCUUGUCGAGGAGACUUACGUUUUUCUUACAGUAGUUGUACAUGAAGGGGUUGAUUCUGUG